CGAUCACUUAUUUAGUCACUGAUAUUGUUAUGAUGAAGGCGCCCGCAAACUAUCGAUAACAGUCUCGUAAAACAGCUGUUUGAUAAAAACAAAUAAGAAGAAGACGCCGACCAACACGUGCAGUUGUUUAUUUUAUUGUGAAAUGGAAGCGGGCAUUUGCUAUAUAAAACCAGAAUACCUGGUAACUGAAGUCAAUAACGGCAGCGAGGCAAUUAAUAGCGAAAACAGCGAGACAAACAAAAGAAAACGCGAGGACGGCGAAGAAGUUGAAGCCGGUGGUAAAAAGAAAUGGGAUAAAAAGGAGCGCAAGCGUGGACAAAAUAAGAAUCGUCCAGUUUUCAAGGACGAGCGGUAUUCGCAUCUGUGUCACUCGCUGAUCGACGGAACCGGUGGCGAACCAUGUUCCCUGGCCAACUGCCGCUAUGUCCACGAUCUGGACGCCUUCCUGGCCGCUAAGGGAGAGGAUCUGGGGCCCGAGUGCUAUGUAUACUCCACCAAGGGAUACUGCGCCCGCGGAGUCAGUUGUCGCUUCGCUAAGGCCCACACGAAUGAGCAGGGCAGGAACCUCAAGAGGGAGGACUACGACGAAAAGGCUCCUCCGACCACAUGCAAUGGUGUCAGUUCAGAACUGCAAGUGCGCCUCCGAAAACAUGAAUAUGAUUUCAGUAGGAGCAAGGAGCUCAUUAAAAUGGCAGAGAGGCUACGAGACGCACGAAAGCAAAAGGAACAACAGGAGAAGGAUGGAAAAGAGGAAAAGUCUGAAGAGAUAGCAAAUGCAACUGCUGAGGAUAAGCCUCCAAACGACGAACUGGAGAAGGGAGAACAAACGGAUUCCAAGGGACCGCCCACACAGGACGCCGCAAUCGAAACUCCCACUGGCUGUGCCAUUGAUGAUUCCACCGUGGGCAGAGAUGCGGACAAAAAGUCGGCCGUUGACUUUCGUGAGAAACUCGUCCUGUCACCACUCACCACGUUGGGCAACCUGCCCUUCCGAAGAAUCUGCAAGGAGUUUGGAGCGGAUAUAACUUGCGGCGAGAUGGCCUGUGCUCAGCCCCUGCUCAAGGGUAUGGGUCAGGAGUGGGCUCUGACCAAGCGCCACCAGAGCGAGGACGUUUUCGGCGUUCAGCUGUGCGGAAAUAAUCCCAACAUGAUUAACCAGGCAGCGCAGGUUAUACAUGAAACGGCCCAGGUGGAUUACAUCGAUCUUAAUAUAGGCUGCCCGAUAGACCUAAUUUACCAGCAGGGAGGCGGAAGUGCCCUGAUGCGACGAACCAACAUUUUGGAGCUGACCGUGCGUAGUUGUGCCGCGUUGUCGGAUCGCCUGCCGUUUACUGUUAAAAUGCGCACCGGCAUCUAUGCGGACAAGAGUGUGGCACAUGAGCUGCUGCCGCUGGUCGAGGAGUGGGGCGCCUCGGCUGUGACCCUGCAUGGGCGAUCCAGGGAGCAGCGCUAUACCAAGCACGCCAACUGGACUUACAUCGAAGAGUGCGCAGCCAAGGCGAAGCAGAUGCCUGUGAUCGGCAAUGGCGAUAUACUGAGCUACGAGGAUUACGUGACGCGAAGGACGCUGGCGCCGCAUGUCAGUUCCGUGAUGAUUGGACGUGGAGCGUUAAUAAAGCCCUGGAUAUUCCGGGAGAUCAAGGAAAAGCAGGCCUGGUCUCCUUCAUCCGGCCAACGGUACGAGAUGUUGCAAAAGUUCUGUAACUACGGUCUAGAGCACUGGGGGUCCGACACCAAGGGCGUGGAGACCACACGACGAUUCCUCCUCGAAUGGCAGUCGUUCUUGUACCGCUACAUACCCGAGGCGCUACAAGUUGAUCCACCGCAGAAGAUCAACGCUCGGCCGCAGAAAUACAGGGGACGCGACGAAAUGGAGACCCUUAUGAGUUCCGGCAACGCAGCUGACUGGGUCAAGCUUAGCGAAUCGCUGCUGGGUACGGUGCCGGAGGGCUUCAGCUUUGUGCCGAAGCACAAGGCGAACGCCUUUUAGAAUCCUGAUGUACAUUGAGUUGUAUUGUUUAAAGGUAUGAGAAAGUAGUGGUAUUCAUUGUGUUACCUCUAUUAACUCCUUUUCUGAUUAAAUUUGACUAACUUAAAAUUAGUGUGAAAAACUGGGAAA